AUGGGGCCGGGGUUUGCUUUUCUCUACGUACCCGCAGAAGAACUAGAAGCCGGGUCAAACCCGGCACUAUUUUUGGCGAUGGGUGAAAAGAUCAAGUCCAAUCGUUCCGGCUUGCUAGUCGGCCAUCCAGGAACUGCUCUAGCCAUACCUGCUUCGGACGAGACCGUCGGGUCAAAUUCAACCUCAGCGAUUUUAAUCGUGACCGGCAUGGCGAGACACCGCGCAUGCGAGACGGCCAUGCGUGGAGUCCAUGUCACCUAA